AUGCAUUUGCUUACUUCUCAUGGCGUGAAUGAAAUAUAUGAGGCCAAACCUUUGAAUCGCGCCGAAUCUCUUCAGCUCCUUAGUCGUCAUGCUUUUCCAAAGGGUGCGAAAAUGGAGAUGAGUAGGGAUCUGGUGGACGGCGUUCUGAGGUAUGCGAAUGGGCUUCCUCUGGCGCUUGUAGUGUUGGGUUCAGUUUUGCAAGGUAGAAGCAAAGAGCAGUGGAAGAGCGCAUUGAAUAAACUUGCAGGGCAUCAGAACGAAAUGAUCAAUAAUGUCCUGAAGAUUAGCUUUGAGGCACUGGAUGAUCAGCAGAAGCAAAUUUUUCUUGAUGUUGGUUGUUUCUUUGUUGGGAAGGAUUGUAAGUAUGUAAACCAAGUUCUUGACGCAUGCGGCUUCGAGCCGCUCAUUGACGUGCAAGUACUAGUUGAGAGGUCUUUGACAAGUACUGAAAAUCAUUUCUCAGGAUACAAGCAUUAUUUCAUUCCUGUAAUUUAUUUAAGAGAAGUGCUAGCAUGA